AUGAAUGCUCGACCACUCAUCCCAGUAACGUCAGACUCAGAGUCAACUUUGAUCCUCACUCCAUCCAUGCUCCUGACCUUGAAGACAGGGUCCACACCUCCUCCCCCCGGCAACUUUGAGGGUGGGGCCAGGUACAAAGAAGAAUGGAAGAGAGUACAAAAUCUGGCUGACAUCUUCUGGGGCAAGUGGAGGCGCGAGUACCUUCACACGUUGCAGCUCAGGCAAAAGUGGCAAGACAAGAAGCCCAGCUUGAAAUGCAGAGACACGACCCGCAGCACACCUUCACCCAACCAAUCAGACGACCCGCAGCACACCUCACACCUUCACCCAACCAAUCAGACGACCCGCAGCACCCCUCACACCUUCACCCAACCAAUCAGACGGAACAGGACACCUUCUCCCAACCAAUCAGACGCUACAGCAGCCGCCUGCAUUCCAGCUCAUUCCAGCUCAGGCCGUGUCGAUGUCAGGUUCAUGUGUAACACGUCCAAGACUGAAAUGCCUGGCAGAGACGUGACGGAUUCCUACGUUCCAGGUGAGAGGGGACAGAUUCCUACGUUCCAGGGAGAGGGAGAGCAAGAGGGAGAGCAAGAGGAUGAGGACAGAGAGACAGUGGAUCGGUGGGAGCUAGGCGAGGAGGACGAGGAAGAGGAGAACCACGACGAGGAAGACGCCCGGCAGCUACAAGAGACGAUCUUGAAAGAAUCAAAGGUUUCCAAAGGCAGAGAAGAGAAGCGACAGAGACUUCUGCAGGAGAUGAGCCUUGAGGAUCACAGACGCCUCACAGCUGGACUGUUGGAGAGGCAGCCGGGUCUGAUCUUUAAUCUAUUGAUGGAGCAUCAGCAAAGACAUGGUGCCCCCACAUCUGCAGAGGUAUCGGGGGUACCUUGGUGUACCUGUGGCCACUGCAGAGACAUGCCUACGGACAGGGAGCGGAAAUGCUGUGGACAAGACCCUGCUCACUGUGUGAGCCUCCUGCCACAUUUUACGCAGUACUGCCUGGAUGAGGGUUAUCUGCGGAUACAUAGGCAGUAUCGGGAGGAUCUCACAGCAUUUGGAGAUGUAAGGGAGCCCGGUGAUGACAAAAGGCAUGCAGCUUAUAGACACUUUAUUUUCUGGCAGCAUGGCUCAUUAGGACAGGGGAACAGGAGAGUGAUUCCCAGCUGCUGUGUUUGCAGGAUUAGGGGAAAAUUCCCAGACCCUCAGGGACAAUACACUGGCUACAUUCCAGGGAUCUAAGAG